GAGGGAGUUUUGAGCAAGAAAGAAACUAAGUGUUCAUCCAUGUCUGAUGAAGAUGUCUCUUUCUUCAGCCUCACUACUCAACUGAAAUAUCAGUCUCUUUCACUUACCCAACUUCAACCCCAAACCGCCACCGCCGUCGACGGUGGCCGUCGCUGUGGAAUACGAUGAUUGCUGAGAAACCUAGUUGGAUAAGACAUGAGGGAAUGCAAAUAUUCUCCAUUGAUGUUCAACCUGGUGGGCUUAGGGUUGCUACUGGUGGGGGUGAUCAUAAGGUCAGGAUAUGGAACAUGAAAUCUCUGGGCAGAGAUGUGGAAAAGGAAGAAUCAACACAAAGGCUUCUUGCAACACUUCGCGAUCACUUUGGAUCUGUCAACUGUGUUAGAUGGGCCAAGCAUGGUAGAUAUCUUGCGUCUGGGUCUGACGAUCAAGUGAUUUUAGUUCAUGAGAGGAAGCCUGGUUCAGGGACAACCGAGUUUGGUAGCGGGGAGCCUCCAGAUGUUGAGAAUUGGAAAGUUACAUUGACUUUGAGGGGACAUACUGCUGAUGUGGUGGAUCUCAAUUGGUCUCCUGAUGACUCGACAUUGGCUAGUGGGAGUUUAGAUAACACUGUACAUAUAUGGAAUAUGAGCAAUGGCAUCUGCACUGCUGUUCUUAGGGGUCACUCUAGCCUGGUCAAAGGUGUGACCUGGGAUCCCAUUGGCUCUUUUGUAGCAAGUCAAUCAGAUGAUAAGACUGUUAUUAUAUGGCGAACAAGUGACUGGAGUCUUGCUCAUAGAACAGAUGGUCACUGGACAAAAUCGCUCGGAUCUACCUUUUUCAGGCGACUUGGAUGGUCCCCUUGUGGUCAUUUUAUUACCACCACACACGGGUUCCAGAAACCAAGGCACUCAGCACCUGUUCUAGAGAGAGGGGAAUGGACUGCAACCUUCGAUUUUUUGGGACAUAAUGCUCCCGUAAUUGUGGUGAAGUUUAAUCAUUCUAUGUUCCGUAGGAAUGCCACCAGUUCUCAGGAAACAAAAACUACUGCUAGUGCUGGAUGGGCAAACGGGACUUCAAAGGCUGGAGCUAAAGAACCUCAACCAUAUAAUGUAAUUGCAAUCGGGAGUCAAGAUAGAACGAUAACUGUUUGGACAACUGCAAGUCCUCGUCCUCUCUUUGUUGCUAAGCAUUUUUUUACUCAAAGUGUUGUGGAUUUAUCGUGGAGUCCUGAUGGGUACUCGCUUUUUGCAUGUUCCUUGGAUGGUUCAGUGGCUAGUUUCCAUUUCGAGUCAAAAGAACUUGGCACCAGGCUUAGUGAUUCCGAGUUAGAUGAACUGAAAAGAAGUCGGUAUGGUGAUGUAAGAGGUCGGCAGGCAAAUUUGGCUGAAAGUCCAGCACAGUUAUUGCUUGAAGCUGCUUCUGCCAAGCAAGCCCCGAGCAAAAAACCAGUUUCAGAUGUUCAGCAAAACCCGAUACUUACAAAACCUGCUGUUGAGAUUGUGCUUGCAACAAAGGCUCCUGUGCCUCAGGUUGAUGAAAGGAAGAAAGUUGGAGCAGGUACUGGUGACGGGUUGAAUAAAGUUUCAACAUCUACUCGUCGUAUGGCAAGUCCUGUCAAACAGAGGGAGUAUAGACGACCCGAUGGUAGAAAGAGGAUUAUUCCUGAAGCUGUCGGAAUGACUCCUCAGCAGGAUAACAUUUCUUCUGGGGCUCAAUGCCAAGCACUGGAGUUCCCUCCUCCAUCAUCUGAUCCCAGAAAGGAAGAUAACGGACCGGUUCCUGCUGACUCUACUGUCAGAGAAAGCUCACUAAGAGCUUCAACUAGCAAAACACCGGAUUUGAAAGAGCGGUCUGGAGUCACUGCAAAGGCUACAAUUACCGAGAGUCUUGUUAUCGAGAAAGUUUCUGCUGCUCCUGGUAGAGAUGGAACCGUAAAUGUGGAACAGUCGGGGACUGUUAGGGCCUGUACUUCAACUGGUACUUGUAAUGCUAUUUCGAUUAGGGUGUUUGACAAAAAGGAAGGGGAGGAUGCCGUUCCAGUUUGCUUGGAAGCACGACAACGGGAACAUGCUUUGAAUGACAUUGUUGGAUUGGGAAGCACAUUUAUCAUGAAGGAAACUGAAAUUAAUUGCACAAGGGGGUCUGAAUUACUUUGGUCCGAUAGGAUCUCGGGCAAUGUCACUGUUUUAGCAGGAAAUGCAAACUUUUGGGCCGUCGGGUCUGAAGAUGGAUGCCUUCAGAUUUACACGAAGUGUGGGAGACGUGCUAUGCCAACCAUGAUGAUGGGAUCCGCGGCAACAUUUAUAGAUUGCGAUGAGUGCUGGAAGCUGCUAUUGGUCACAAAGAAAGGUUCCAUGUAUGUAUGGGACUUAUUCAACCGGAAAUGUCUUCUUCAAGAUUCGUUGGCAUCUUUGUUUGUUGCUAACACAAGUGCAUCUGCGAAAGACGCAGGGUCAAUCAAAGUUAUAUCAGCAAAGUUGUCGAGAUCUGGAUCACCACUUGUUGUUCUUGCCACUCGCCAUGCCUUCCUUUUCGACAUGAGCCUCAUGUGUUGGUUGAGGGUUGCAGAUGAUUGUUUCCCUGCUUCAAAUUUCGCAAGCUCGUGGAAUCUAAGUUCAGUUCAGAGUGGCGAGUUGGCUGCCUUGCAGGUUGAUGUUAGAAAAUAUUUGGCCCGGAAGCCUGGUUGGAGCAGGGUGACUGACGAUGGAGUGCAGACACGAGCUCAUUUAGAAUCUCAGUUGGCUUCUUCAUUGGCUUUGAAGUCUCCUAAGGAAUAUCGUCAAUGUCUACUGUCGUAUGUACGCUUUUUGGCAAGAGAAGCAGAUGAGUCUCGCCUACGAGAAGUUUGUGAGAGUUUUCUCGGACCUCCAACUGGGAUGGCUGAAUCCACGUCUUUAGAUCCGAAGAACUUGGCUUGGGAUCCUUUUGUGCUUGGAAUAAGGAAACAUAAACUCUUAAGGGAAGAUAUUCUACCCGCGAUGGCAACAAAUAGAAAAGUUCAGCGUUUGCUCAAUGAAUUUAUGGACAUUCUCUCGGAAUAUGAAAGUGUUGAAGCUGACACACAACGAAAAACUCAGAUUGCUGCUCCACCAUGUACAACAGCCGAUCCAAUGGACUAUGUACCAUCAUCAGCAACGAAUCGAAUAGAUUCUACUCCUGCAACAACAGUUGGAGUCGAGAUUCAGACUCUUCCUACUACCAUAACAAAAGAAAAAGACAAUACAACAGAGCAAGAAAAUUAUGCUCGAAAAACAGAUCGAGUUGAUCUAAACUCCCCAUUGAUAGACGAAAUGGAUGCGUGUUCAUGAACUCUGCAAUGGGAUUUCAUGUUCGAAAACAGAACAUACAAACAUAUUGGUGGUGGGGCAUAACAUUUUACAAUGCAACGAUAACAACAACCGGUAUCGAGUUCAGUUUUCUCGAAGUGGUGAAAAAGCUUAAGAUUUUUUACAAGGCUCCACCAAAGUUGCAACAUAAUCUCUCUUUCGGCUCGGCGGAUCUUACUUCUCACACGAUUCGUGUAAUAGCGUAAUCAUUACUAUUAAGAUCCAAAGCUGAUUUAGAUUUGUUUCUCUUCUUUUAUGGGAAAUCCCAUCAUAAAUUGAUAGAUUAGGAGUUAAUGUAUAAUUGUGUUUAUAAGUUUUGUUAAAAUCUUAUGCUUUAUGUUCUAAAUAUUUACUACUAAUGUGCUCUUAAUUUUUUUUCACUAAUAUUACUUUUGAUUUGGUCAUAC